UUUCCAAUCACUGUGACCCCCAUUUCACGGUACUCCAGAUGGAGUUCUGUCGCUCCUUCCCGUGCCUCCUCGCAUUCACAGUGACUAGGGGGCAGGAGGUCUAGUAUCUCCCUCUCACAUGAAACUGGUCGACCGAGGAGGAUGAUGUUCAAGCCACACUCGGAGGGGGGUAUAUAUUGUCCAUAAGUUUUGAACCAUGCUCAGCUUCUCUGUCGAUUCUCUCCAUCCUCUUCAGACUACUUGAAACUACCAUCAGCUCGUAUUUCCCUUUCAGCAAACCCCGGUUUCUUGUGAUUCACCUCUAGGCCAGACAUCCCUCCUUUGACUCUUAGAACCCCCGCACCACCACCCAUCCGCAUCAUGCUAGGCCCCGCCAUCUUCCUGCUAGGUGCGGUCUUCCUGACCUUCAAGAUCCUGCACUCCCUUCAACAAGCAUACAACGAUCGCAAAAAGGCCAAGGCCCUAGGCUGUCAGCCCUCUGCCGUGGUCGACACAGGUUUCCUCGGAAUUGCCGGCUUUAUUCGCCUUGUAAAGGCCGCCAGAGAGAAACGAUGGGUUGAAUACGUUGCCGAACACUACCAGAUGCACGGGGCUACCUUUCGUCAGAAAGCCUUGGGUGGGCUCAUCGUCCACAACACAGUCGAGCCCGAGAAUAUAAAGGCGGUGCUAGCCACCCAGUUCCAGGAUUUCAGCCUAGGGACUCGGCAUCGAGAGUUCUAUCCCUUACUUGGGAAUGGGAUUUUCACGCUGGACGGAGCUGGCUGGUCUCAUGCACGGGCAUUGCUGAGACCGCAAUUUACUCGUGAUCAGGUUGCUGAUCUAGACCUCAUGGACGGCCAUAUCUCCAACAUGAUGGACCUGAUACCGAAGGAUGGCUCCAACUUCGAUAUCCAGCGGCUCUUCUUUCUCUUGACCAUGGACUCCGCUACGCAUUUUCUCUUUGGCGAAUCCGUUGGCUCGAUGCGCACCUCCUCCGAAUCCAACUUCUUGGAGAAGUCCGCCGUGGGAAACGCGCAGGGGUUUGCAGAGGCAUUCACUCUGGCCCAAGAAUAUCUGGUCUCAAGAUCCAGAGCCAUGAAAUUCUAUUGGAUGAUCAAUCCCAAGGAGUUUCGGGAAGCUAACCGGCUAGUGCACGAGGUUGUGGACCACUAUGUGCAGCUUGCCCUGGAGUCCAAGCGUCACCCCGAGAAGAAGGAACCGGGCAGAUAUAUCUUCGCAGAAGCGUUGGCGGCGGACAACGACGAUCCGAGAGUGCUCCGAGAUAACAUGCUCAACAUCCUCCUGGCUGGCCGCGACACUACUGCCGGUCUGCUUAGUUCAGCCUUUUUCUAUCUAGCACGCCACCCGAAUGUCUGGACCCGGCUUCGUCGGACGAUUGUCCAAGAAUUUGGAGAUGCUCAACACCCUCAAGGACAGAUCACACAUGCAAGGCUGAAGGAUAUCCCAUACUUGCGGUACUUCUUGAACGAAGUCCUUCGUCUCUUGCCUCCGGUGCCUCUCAACUUCCGCGUCGCUGUCAAGGAUACUUCACUGCCAUUGGGAGGUGGACCAGACCAAAAGUCUCCAGUCUACGUGCGCAAGGGAGAGCUUGUCGCAUACAGCGUGUACGCAAUGCAUCGCCAGACUAACCUGUACGGGCCGGAUGCCCACAGUUUCCGGCCAGAACGUUGGGAAGAGAACAGCAAGCGAGGCUGGGAUUACUUGCCUUUUAACGGCGGACCACGCAUUUGCCUCGGCCAGCAAUAUGCGCUUACUGAAGCCAGCUAUACGCUGGUCAAGCUGCUGCAACGGUUCGACAGAAUUGAAAACGCUGAUCCCGACUUGGUGGAGCCUGUCAUCCAAUCUAGUCUCACAUUGUCACACGAUCGCGGUGUAAAUAUCCGCUUGUAUUCGUCGGUGAUGGCAUAAUCUUUUUCACUGGUCUGCUACAGCCGCGACGUCCGUCACUACGAAGCCUUACGAAUUAUGGGACAUUUUAUUCUUUUCUAUCAUCAGGCGCUACAUGGUCGGUAAGCGAGGAUAUUGACGUGGUGAAUUAUUGACAGAUAGCUCGUAUUGCGUUUCUCGUGACCUUUUUUACUACCUGGUAUGGUUUAACCGGAAAUUUAAUUCUAAUGACAGUUAUAUCCCAAGGAUUGUAGCCACAUACAGGGCCGCCCUAAAUAUACCAUUGUGCCAAG